AUGAUGAAACCCACAAUACUUAUAGUUGGUACGACCGACACCAAACUCGCAGAAAUCGCUUACUUGAGGCUAAAGAUCUUGGAGGAAGGUGCUUGUCAGACCAAAGUCCUUGAUGUGAGCCAUACUGCCUCCAAAGAUCCUGCACUUGCUCAGCUCUCUGCCGAUGAGCUUUUAUCUCCUCUCCAAGAACGGGCUUCCGAGCUCAAAGGUCUAUCUCGAGGAGACUAUAUCGAUCAAGCCAUCGAGCUAUGCCUCCCGGUGGUGAAAGACCUCGUUUCCAAAUCACAGAUUCAAGGCAUUGUAUCUGCAGGUGGUAGCAGUGGCUCAUCACUAGCUACUGCUCUGAUGAGGAAGUCAUGUCCUAUUGGUUUUCCCAAGCUCAUGGUCUCGACGAUGGCCAGCGGAGACAUCAAGCACUACAUCGAAGAGACCGACAUCACCAUGAUGUACAGCGUAGUUGACAUAGCAGGUGUAAACUCGGUCCUCAGACGCAUUCUGGCCAAUGCAGCGGCAGCCAUUUCCGCCAUGACGCUCUCCUAUGCGAAAGCCCUGGUGGACCCAUCUGUUCAGGGCACCAAAGGGAAACGUAUUGCUGUCACCAUGUUUGGCAACACGACUCCGUGUGUUGAUCAGAUCCGCCAAAUCCUGUCUUCGACGCCCCACGAUGUUUCCGACUAUGAAAUAUACGUUUUCCACGCCACGGGAGCUGGAGGGCGAGCCAUGGAGAGACUCAUCGCCGAAGGCCAGAUCGAUGCUGUGAUAGACCUGACCACCACCGAAAUUGCCGAUGAACUAUUCGGGGGAGUCCUGACAGCAGGACCUGAUCGACUCGAGGUCGCUGCCAAGAAAGGAAUACCCAUGAUCGUCUCAGUGGGUGCCUGCGACAUGGUCAACUUUGGACCCAGAGACACCGUGCCGGAGAAGUACACUGACCGACAACUUCUCGUCCACAACCCAGCAGUCACACUCAUGCGCACGACGCCUGAGGAAAACACCAAGAUUGGAGAAUUCAUUGCCUCCAAACUAUCCCAGCACGCCACGGAUCCGCGCUCCAUUCGUAUCUUACUCCCCCAGGGAGGGAUCAGUGCCGCCGACGCGCCACAGCAGCCAUUCCACAAUCCCGAAGCAGAUGUCGCGCUCUUCGAAGCCAUCGAAGAAGGCCUCCAAGGCUCAGGCAUCGAAAUUGAGAAACAUCCACUUCACAUCAACGACGAGAAAUUCGCAGGCCAUGUUGCGAGCGCGAUAUUAGAGGUCAUGGGUGUCACACCGCGUAACUACAGACUCGCCAAUGCAAGAAGGCGGAAGUGGAGUUUCGACCAUGGUGCCAGCAUCAUGCUUGCCAGGCGUGCUAGUCAGUUGCAUGAGCCACCCCACACGAAUUUCAGUGUCGCUUAA